AUGAGCUUUGCCGCUCUUGGAAGCAACAUCGUCACUGUGAGCAACCGGCACCGCGGGACCCUCGUCUACGACACGGAGACGGCGGCGCUGGCCACCGGCCCUUGCCUCCCGGAUCCGUUACUUGGUGGCGUUAACAACUUUGUGUCUGCAGCCGAUACGCUGUAUGCAUUCGAAUACUUCUUUGCCGAAAGGCAGCACUCCUUUGAGGUGAUGUCCACGGCCGGCGCCAAGCAGGGUCUGCGUCUAUCAACCCCAACUUUGGAUUGGUCAUGGCAAAGCGUGCCUUUCCCACCACCAUUCAAGACGGAUGAAGUGAUUGUCUCCUACGCCCUUCACCCGGAUGGACACACCAUCUUUAUGUCUGCCCACAGAACGCAUAUAGGUGGCCGGACCUUCUCCUUUGACACCAGGCACUGCGAGUGGAGGUGCCAUGGGGAAUGGGCGUUGCCUUUCAGACAUGAAGGCUUCUUUGACAGUGAGCUGGAUGCAUGGGUUGGGCUUCACAAGGAUGGUGGCAUUUGCUCCUGCCAAGUCAUCUCCCACAGCAGCACAAGUUCCAUGCAGCCGGACUGGAAGAUGGUCAAGGACAAGCUGUGGAGCAAAGACAUGGCUCGUGGGCCUACUCUGACGUACAUGGGUGGUUCCAGAUUUUGCAUUGUGAAGUGUGUGGUGCGUGAGGGACUGGAGUAUGAGGACGCCUUUGGUGACUGUGAUGGCUGCAUGCUCCAUAUCACCAUGUUCGGCCUCAAGUACAGUCACAAGGGAGAGCUGCAAACCAUUGGCCGCACCACAUACUCCUAUCUAGUGUCAAAGCAUCUUUCGUCGUUUUCUCCUGUAGCCUUCUGGAUGUAG